AUGGGAAUCGUUCUCUCUACCGUCGCAAUAACGCAAGGCAUUGCAAUUCUCGGCACCACAACACUCAAAUGGACUCCCCAAAUCCUCAAUUAUUUGGGUUUCUUCACAAUUGGCGUUCAAUGGAUCUCCUUCUUGCACGCUGGAGGCAUUUUUGGCAACGCUCCAACCGAAAAAUAUUACGACUUGAUCGGAUCCUUGACGUAUCUCUCAACUUUAGGCAUCAGUAUCGCACAAUUACCCGCGAGAAGCGCUCGACAAAUCAUCGCAACCACACUUUCGGGCGUUUGGGCUUUACGCCUCGGGAGUUUUUUGUUCUACCGGAUUCACAAAUCGGGGGGCGUUGAUUCGAGAUUUGCCGAAAUAAAGAAGGAAAAAGGAAGAUUUCUCAUUGCAUGGACAAUUCAAGGCGCCUGGGUGUUUCUCACACUUUUAUCUGUGCUCGUUGUGAAUCAAGAAGUCGACGCAAAACCCUUAAAAAUUGUCAAUUACGUUGGAAUGGGAACAUGGAUUUUCGGGUUUUUAAUGGAAGUUACUGCAGAUAUCCAAAAAUUGCGGUUCAAACAAAAUCCAGCGAACGAAGGGAAAUGGAUUGAUUCGGGACUUUGGAGUAUUUCACGUCAUCCGAACUACUUUGGGGAGAUUGUUUUGUGGAUUGGCAUGACUUUGACGUGUUUCGAUGACUUUAACAACGUUCGACGAGUGAUUUGUUUUUGUAUUUCGCCCGUUUUUGUGACAUUUUUGCUCAUGUUUGUAUCUGGAGUGCCCUUGUUGGAGCAAAAAGCUGAUGAAAAAUGGGGCGAAAGUGAAUUUUAUCAAAAAUAUAAAAAAUCUACGCCUGUUUUGGUGCCUUUUCUGAAGAAAUGUUGGUAG